AUGGACGGGGACGAUUAUGUUCCACAGAUGUCCCAGAUGAUGGACUACGGUCCUAUAGGUGGUAUGGCUGCAGGCGGAGUUCCUCAACCUCAGCAUGUAAUGCAGCAGCCAUACCCGAACAUGAGCGGAGGCUUAACAUCAAUGAAUCCUAGUUAUGAACAGCAGAUGAUGAUGGCUCCUCCGCCCUCACAACCUGCUCCUCCACCACAGAAGCCACCCCCAAAAGGGAAAAAGAAAAAGCAACAACAACAGCAACAACAGGCAGAUCCCGGAAUGGAUCCUAUGCAAAGCAUGGCUGCCAUGUCUAAUAACCCUAUGAUGAGACCUUCUAUGCAGCAGAUGGGAGGACAGUAUCCACAGGGUCAAAGGGGCAUGUAUAACCAAGGGGUUCCGCUUCAUCAAAAUGUACAUUUUGCACCUCCACCUAAUCCUUAUCGUAAUCCGCAAUAUCCGCCUAAUCAACAACCUGGCUAUCCACCUAUGCCACAACAAAUAGGAUAUCCUCCUCAGAGAGGAUACCCUCCCUCUGCCGGUCCUCCAGGUUAUCCGUAUGGACAACCUCCGCAGGGUUAUCCUCAACAAUCAGGACAGCAACCAUACCCAAUGAUGAGAGGACCACAAUACCCUCCAAAUCAACAGAUGCCACCUCAUCAGGAUCAGUACUGGCCUACGCAACAACCGCAACAUCAACCGCAAGCACAACAACCUCCUUCACAGCAAACGAAUCAACAACCUCAAGCGCCGCAGCAACCUCAGAGUUCUCAAACACAGGGCGGACCUCAAUCUCAAAGUCAGCAACAGAACCAAUCAACACAGUCGCAGCAGCAGUACUAUCCAAACCAACACAUGCAUUCUGCUGGGACUCACAAUUUGUCCAGCGGACAAGUGGCUCCACCCCAUGAGCAAUGGGUUCAGCAGCAACAGAGGCAUUUGUACGAAAUACACGGGGAGUUGAAUUCUCUACAGGGUCGACUACAUCAAAUGUAUCAGCAGCCCCCAACUCCUGAAAUCGAACAAAGUGUGAUACAAACACAACAACGGAUGCAAUACAUUCAAAGUGAAUAUAGACGAAUUGAAAUGUUGUUAAACCAAUCCAACAUGGCUUCUCAUCAAACUUCGCAACAGUCUUCGCAAUCACAGCCACCUUCCGUGCAGAACACUCAAUCUUCUCAAGUUCCUUCAUCACAGCAAGCGAACAUGUCAAAUUUGAUGCCCCAACAAAUGCAAAAUCAAACUCAGGUUCCACCUCAUCAGAUGCCGCCUAAUAGUAUAACACCUCCUGGAGCUCAUGCUUCUAUGGUUAAUGUUCAACAUCAUUCCAACCCUGUUCAAGUUACUCAGACUGGACCGCAAGUUCAGGUUAAUAUCAAGCCUGAAACAUCUGGAAGAACUCUAAUAAGCGUUUAUCACCAAUAUGAUGACAAGAGGCAGUCUCCUGAUGAUCAGAAAGAUUCUGUUCCCCAAGAGCCUAUCCCAAGAAAUCCAUACGCAAACCAAGAGUCUAUAACUUCGUAUUCAUCUUCACAACAGAACAAACCGCACCCUUCACAGAGUUCUCAUCAGGUCACAGAGAACAACUACCCAUCCACUAAUGGUCUUAGGCACAAUGAAAAUCAUUCACAUUCUGGGUAUGGAGUUUACACUUCUCAAACAUCUCAAUCUGCUGGUCAGAUUAUGGAUAAUAAACUUAAUAAGACUAAUACUGAUAAUAGUUACAAACAUUACGACAGUGGAGCUGUUGAUACAGAAAAACCUUUUAGCAAUGAUCUUAGCCAAAUGGGUCUGAAGAAUGAUUCUAUGUUUAUUGGUCAAACUAAUUCCACCGAGGUAUCUUGUUCCUCUCCAUUAGCACAACCGUCCACAGCAUCAUCCCCUCCGGAUGAACCUGAUGCUACCCAUGAAUCAGGACCUUCUAGUGUUUAUAAUAAUUCAAAAGAAGAUAACGUUAUCUCACCUGUUAUCGAGCACAUAGACGAUGUUUUGAGUCAAAAAUCCUUACAAUUGGAAGAUGACGAUAAAAGAGACGAAGGACUGGAUUCAGCACCUAACUCGAGCAUGCAAAUCUCCGCGUCUAUAGACUCGUCUGAAAAUGAACUGAACGACUCGGCUAAUGCUGAUGAGCCAAUCGACGAGAAGGAACAAACCGAAGAAUUGGAUAAAUUCAGUGAUGCUCGAUCCAGUUUAUCGGAAGACAAGCAGUGUUCACCUGAUAACGCUUAUGUCUGUUCUCCUACGCCAUCCUGUAGUAAAGAUAAUAACCACGAUGAAAUGAUCAACGCUGAUGAUGUUCGAAAUAGUACACCAGAAUCUCCCGAGCUCGAAAAAGCAGGAGCUACCCAUGUUGCUGCUACAGAUGUCAAAGAAGAAGCGGACGCUGUUUUGGAGCAAGUAGAGUGUGAUCCGAUAGAAGAAGAUGGGUUAGAGGAAACAAAAAUAAAGACCGAAUCAGCAGAUGAUGACAGCGAGUAUAUAUCAUCAGAUGAACAGAAGAAUGAAGCAGUGAAAGAAGAUCCGGAAGUGACUCAAAAAGAUGGGAGUAUAAUUGAAGAGAAGGAAGAAAAUGAGGAAGCCAAUACGAAAGGUGAAACGGAAGAUGAAGCAGUUUCUCAAGAUUCUCAGUCAAAGGAAACCUCAGAAGAUCCUUCGGAAGAGACAAAUCCUAGCGCUUCCAGCUCUUUGAAAGAGGACAAGGAACCUGCGUCAUGUGAAACUGUGGAAUCUGUUGAAUCAGCGCCUACAACUACACUUAAAAAACCCCCCAAAAGAAUCACGCAGAAGAAAAGAAAAGACUAUGGUGACGAAGAUUACGAUUAUAAGUCAAAAUCGAACAAGAAACGCGGUAAGAAGAAAGAGGAAGAUAUGGUUUCCUCCGAAGAGGAGAUUGAUGAGGAUUCUCUCUUACCUCCCGAAGCUGUGGAUAUCGAUGAAGCUAAAAAUGAUCAGCCUGCUGUCGAGAAGUUCUUGCAAUGGAAGGAAGCAAAAGAUGACAAUCCGGAAAUGUUCUACGUCAAAUGGAAAGCAAAAGCAUACAUUCAUUGUGAAUGGAAGACUGUGAAGGAGUUAGAAGAGAUGGAUAAGAGAAUGGCUCAACGUCUGAAAAAGUUCAAGCAAAAGCAAUUCCCCAUACAAUCUGAUGAUGACGAACUUUUCAAUCCCGAUUUUACCAUAGUAGAUAGGAUUGUUGAUGUCAGCCGAGGCGAAGAUGGGUUGGAAUAUUGUCUUGUAAAAUGGCGAAGCAUCACGUAUGAUGGUGUCACCUGGGAACCUUUAGAAGAAAUUGAAAAAGAAUAUUCCGACAAAAUUCAACAAUGGAGAUCCAGGCAGAAAAUCGACAAGUUCAAAGCUAAGGAAAAAACAAGGCCGUCUCCAGAUGAAUGGCGGAAGCUCCCCACUGACUAUGUCUGGAAAAACGGGAAUGCUUUGAGAGAAUAUCAGUUUGAGGGUGUUGAUUGGCUUCUGUAUUGCUAUUAUACCGAAACAAAUUGCAUUCUUGCUGAUGAAAUGGGUUUGGGUAAAACUGUCCAAACUAUAACUUUCCUAAGCCAAGUUUAUGAGUAUGGGAUUCAUGGACCUUUUCUGGUCGUCGUACCCUUAUCAACUAUACAAAACUGGAUUCGAGAAUUUGAAGCCUGGACGGAUAUGAAUGCUAUAGUUUAUCAUGGAAACGCUCAGAGCCGGGAGCUUAUGCAAGAAUAUGAGAUUUUCUUCAACAAGGAUAAUUGUGGAAACAGCAAAAUGUGGAAAAAGAAUCUCGUGAAGAUUGAUGCUUUAGUAACCACAUUCGAAACUAUUGUUUCUGAUGUGAAUUUUCUGAAAAAAAUCAAUUGGAGAGUUUGUGUGAUCGAUGAAGCACAUCGUCUGAAAAAUCGUAACUGUAAACUAUUAACAGACGGGUUGCAAAACUUCAAAAUGGAGCACCGCGUUCUGUUAACAGGAACUCCUUUACAAAAUAGCAUUGAAGAGUUAUUCUCAUUGCUGAACUUCCUUCAGCCUGAAAAGUUUUCAAGCCCUGAAAAGUUCUUACAUGAAUUUGGUACUUGCCAAUCGGAGGAACAAGUCCAGAAACUGCAGGAAAUGUUAAAGCCCAUGAUGCUGAGACGCCUCAAAGAAGACGUUGAGAAAAGUUUAGGACCGAAACAGGAAACAAUAAUAGAGGUUCAAUUAUCGGAUAUUCAAAAGAAGUACUAUCGAGCUAUUUUGGAGAGAAAUUUUUCCCACUUGUGCAAAGGAACCUCCGCUCCAUCUUUGAUGAACGUGAUGAUGGAGCUGAGAAAAGUUUGCAAUCAUCCUUUUCUUAUCCAGGGUGCUGAAGAAAAUAUAAUGUCUGAAAUGAAGCUAUUACAUCCUGAGUGGGAUGAAGAAACUCAAACUCAAAAGUCUCUAGUUCAGACAUCGGGAAAACUCGUGUUGAUCGAAAAGUUACUUCCAAAACUGAAGAAAGAUGGGCAUAAAGUUCUCAUUUUUUCUCAAAUGGUCAAGGUGCUUGACUUAUUGGAAGAGUUUCUGAUAAAUAUGAGUUAUCCAUAUGAAAGAAUCGAUGGUAACAUAAGAGGGGAUAUGAGACAGGCUUCUAUUGAUAGGUUCAGUAAGAAAGACUCGGAUCGUUUCGUUUUCCUGCUGUGUACUCGCGCUGGCGGAUUAGGUAUCAAUUUAACUGCAGCCGACACUGUUAUCAUCUUCGAUUCCGAUUGGAAUCCACAAAAUGACUUGCAAGCUCAAGCCAGAUGUCAUAGAAUCGGUCAAACAAAAACAGUGAAGGUAUAUCGCUUGAUAACUGCGAACACUUACGAGAGGGAAAUGUUCGAUAGAGCAUCUUUGAAACUAGGACUGGAUAAAGCCGUUCUUCAAUCUACUGCCUCGUUGAAAGAAAAUAACGGUUGUGGUGCUUUGAGUAAGAAGGACGUAGAAGAGCUUCUGAAGAAGGGCGCUUAUGGUAACUUGAUGGACGAAGCUAACGAAGGGAGCAAGUUCAAUGAAGAGGAUAUCGAGACCAUUCUCCAGAGAAGAGCGACAACAAUCACUUUAGAGCCUGGUCAGAAGGGCUCGUUGUUCUCGAAGGCAACCUUCAACUCCACUCAUAACAAAGGAGAUGACAUUGAUAUCGAUGAUCCUAAUUUUUGGACUAAAUGGGCUGAGAAAGCACAGAUUGAUAUUGAUAAGGCUGCUGCAAGUAACGAAGCUGUCGAUUUGAUAAUCCAAGAACCUCGUAAAAGAACCAAGAGAUUUGAAGAUAACACUUUCAAAGCCGGCGACGAGUCUGAUGGCAGUGAUGAAGGUGGAAAAGGAAGAAAAAGAGCUCUGGCUAGUAAAGAAGGCACAACUAGAAAAAGAAGGCGUGGUGGCGAUGAAGACGAUGAUUAUGUCAAUUAUCGUCCUGACGAACUUGCUUUUAACAAAAGUGAAUAUUUCAAGGUUGAGAAAGUUCUCGCUUCUUGGGGAUGGGGUCGUUGGGCAGAGAUGAAGAAAUCUGGAGAGCUCGAAGUUACCGAGAUGGAUAUAAUGCAUAUGUCGAGAACUCUUCUACUGCAUUGUGUUCGCGAGUAUCGUGGCGAUGAGAGAGUGAGGAAAUCCGUCUGGAAUCUCAUUGUUCCUUCAGGAGCCAAGCAUACUAAGGACUUGAAAAAUGCUUAUAACGAGGGCUGGGCUGUAUUACCCGAAUAUAAUCCUCCAAAUUUUGCAUUGGAUGCGACUUUCCAACGUCAUAUUCAUCGUCACGCUAAUAAAUUACUUACCAAAGUUGAUCAACUGAAUCAUUUACAGAAAGAAGUAAUCGGCGUUAGAUCCGUUGACGUCAUGGCGGAUAAGUCAGCAGAAGAUAUUGAAUUGACAAGCCCAACUAUCCCUGACCCGCUCUGCGAAGGUUGGGAUGCGUCUUGUGACAAGUCUCUUCUGAUAGGAAUAUACAAACACGGAUUGGAUGCCGUGGAUGCCAUCAAAAAUGACGCUGCCCUUGUCUUCUCCGAGAAACAAUUUGCAACUUUUCCUAAUGCUGCCGAAAUUGCCGCUCGUUUCAGACGUUUGAUGUCUGUUAGCCAACGUAACCUGUUAGAUCCUGUGUAUGAAAAACCGAAAUGGACUCGAAGGGAAGAGCAAGAGUUCUUGAGAGUUUUGAGAACUUUUGGCAUGAAAGACAAUAGAAGUGAUAUCAAUACUAUUGAUUGGGAAUCGUUCAGAGCGUUUGCUCCCAUUCUCGGAGCAAAGUCUGACGAAGAGUUACAAGAGUAUCUUUAUUGUGUGCUUGCAAUGUGCACUAAAGCACAAGGUGGUCAGGUCAAUGGACUGGACAUGAAAAGAGCUAUGUCUAUUGAGAUGUUGUCUUCCAAGAAAGCUCAAACAUUGAUGACUCGUCUGCAUUUGACUAGGAAGAUUCAUGCCAUUGUAGCGAACGGAGUUGAGAAACAUCUAACAACUCUGAAAUUGUGUGCUACUGAAGCAAUGCCAUCUGGAUGGUCAGUAGAUAAUGACAAAGAUUUACUCAUAUCCUGCGAUGAGCAUGGAAUCGAAAACAUCGCUAAUCAAGUUACGACUCUGCCAUCCUACGCUUCUGUCGAUAAACCUACCGAACAGGUUUUGCUCAGACGGCUAGUUGAAAUAUGCGCCACUAUUGAAAGCGGCAAAUGGAAUGGUUUGGGCAAGACUGAAUCUCUAGAAGAGAGUGACGGAGAAUCAUCGAAACCGUCAGCAUCCUCCAGUCGCAACCGGGGAAGAAAAAGAGUGGCUGAUGAUUCGAAAAUGCGGGCUAUGAUCCAACAGUCAAUGAUUUCUUCCAUGAAUGAUCAAACUAUUGCUGCAGCAAUGCUUCAGUCCAUGAUGUUGCCAUCGUUAUUAGGGUCGGGUGCUAAUAACAACGCCACUCAAUUGGUCUCCCAGUUGUUUUCAUCCUUAUCCGCCCCUGGUGGGGGAAAUGCUCAAGCCCAACAAGCUGCACUUGCAACUUUGAUGGCCUUCGCUUCGGCCACAAAUAUAGAUGAAGCUAUGGGAUCCGGAAAUAAGAAGACCUCUACUUCAACAUCCACGCCAACUACGUCGAAAACAUCGAAUCUACCUUCUGCGGACCUUACUAGCCAGAUGGCCGCUUCAAUGGCUGCUGCAGUAUCAACAUCCGAAGCUGAAGCUACAGCGGCUAGACUAGGAAUAUCAGUCGCUGAGUUGAUGAUUAUAGCUAGUAUGCCACCGGAUACAAGAAUUCCUGUUAGGAACACCAAAACUAAGGAAUACAUCACUGGCGAUAAUGCGCCUAGAUUGAAGAAUAUCAGUGAUUGGCUGCUGAAAAAUAAGGACUUCAAGAUAGACCUUAAUAUAUCUGAAAGUAGCAAAAACCGAUCAUCUGACGUGAAGCCGUCGUCGAAGUCUUCUACGAACGCCACGCCAAAGCAGUCAAACGUUUCAUCUACCGCGGCAGCAGCGGCAGCUGCUGCGAUUGCUGCUGCUGCUGCAAGCGGAAGCGCUAGUGCCAGUGCUAGUAAUAGUGCUAGUGCGAGUAGCAGCAAGCCUUCUACCCCCACGCCUGCCGUUGGUAUCGCAUCUACAUCUAAAACUGAAACUGUCGAAGCUAAGAAGAGUGAUUCAAGCAAAUCCAAUUCAACCUCCAUUAGUGCUUCAACUCCUUCGUCUUCCAGUGCUAAGCAAUCCAGUGCUGCAACUGCUGCUACCUUGGCCGGUAUGACAACAGGCGUAACAGGUGUAGAUGGUCCUGUAGCUGUAUAUAACAAGUCUACUGGUAACUUGCUGCCCGUCAAUGACUGGCCUCAGCUCAGUCAGCUGGGUAAAUGGCUAGAUAGUCAUCCGUCUGCUAAUGUUCAUUCGAGUUGCGUUAACCCAAUUGUGCAGGCUUUUGCUGGGGCUGCUAAUGCUGACCGAAUGGGUGGUGAACAAAACGUGACUCCACAAACUCCCACAACAUCCAAACCAAAAGAAAAAACUGUUUCUACAGCUGCCUCUACUUCCACCGCAUCUUCCUCGGCUGAAUCUAAACAGUUGGUGCAACUACAGCAGGAAAUGCAAAUGCAGCUAAUGAUGCAGCAAGCAAUAUUGCAACAAUCAUUAUUAGGUGGAUUUGGAGCUUAUGGUGGAAUGCCAACCAGCUCAGGGAACAAGGCCGAAGAUGCUCUCAACCCAAUGUUACUUGCGUCUUUGAUGUCCAAUCCCCUAGCUAUGCAGUUAAUGAUGGACCCCAAUGCGAUGGCUGCGGCAUCGCUGGCUUCAUUAGCGGCUGCGACACCAACGAGUUCGAAAAAAGCAAAACAACCUCCUACCUCUCAAUAG